UUAUUCGAAAAACCGGCCGGACCGAAGGCAGGCGGCCAGGUCGAGACUCGACUUUGGUUCAGUCGCCGAGUGACCGUGAAUGCGAAUUCGUAUUAUAUCCAUCAACGGUUUCUGUUUGUUCAUACGAUCAUCAUCUCUCGCAAAGGUGAUGAACUCUAGGUGCAUUUAGUUAACAACGAACGUUAGAAACAACAACAAGCAUCACCAUGCAGUGCUCGGGCCGCAGCUCACUCCUCGUCGUAGGCUUUUUACUUCUUGUGACCGGAACUUACACCAUGGACGUGGGUUCGGCCUGUCCGAGAAGUUCUUCGGGAGUGUGUCGUCUCAUCCAUGACUGCCCUCUGGCCUUGGAACAGAUCAGGAGAACCAGGCAACAUAAGCUGGAACGCUGCGGCUUCCAGGAUCUCGAUGAGGUGGUCUGCUGUCCGGAGGAUGAAAAGUCGAAAGAAUCAGAAACAACCACGUCCAAGACGGACUCGAGAUCUCCCACGCUAAGGAAGAGCGUCCAAGCUUGCGAAGAGUACUCGAACGAGUUGACGCCGGAUGUGGAAUUCCAAAUUUUGGGCGGAACAGAUGCCAAGCUCGGCGAAUUCCCGCACAUGGCGGGACUCGGGUAUGAGAGCGAUGAUGUCGGCUCCGACUGGUCUUGGGAUUGCGGAGGAUCCUUAAUUAGCAACAGUUACAUCCUGACUGCAGCCCACUGCGUCGUCCGAAGGGAUGAGAAAAUGCCCGAGAAAGUACGGCUCGGGAAGAUCGACAUUAGUGGUAAUUCGGAUUCGGUGAUGCCGCAGGAUUUCAACGUCGCAGAGAUCAUCUUUCAUCCGGAAUACAGCAAUAGGAAUAAGGUGAACGACAUCGCGCUUAUCCGGCUUUCCAGGAAGGUCCAGUAUACGGCGAACGUUCAUCCGGCGUGUCUCUACUUCGAACCUGAUGAUCCUAAAUCAGUCAUUAUCACAGGAUGGGGUCUUACAGAAGCAGCUGGAAACCGAAGUCAGAUUCUGCAGAAGGCGACGUUGAGUACAGUACCGGUGACCGAGUGCAACAAGACGCACACCUCUGUCGCUUUUGCACCCAACGUCCUCCGCUCACACAUCUGUGCCUUCACCGUGGAUCGUCAGAUUCCUACAGACGCAUGCCAAGGUGAUAGCGGCGGUCCUCUGCAAGUGCUUCACAAGAACCAGAGCUCUAUUUACAGCAUCGUAGGAGUAACAUCCUAUGGCCGAGGAUGCGGAAGCAAAUACCCAGGCGUGUACACGCGCAUCUACAGCUACCUAGACUGGAUCGAAGGCAUCGUCUGGUCAUGAACGCCAAAACCAAAACACAAUUUCCUCCCACAUUCUCUAUUAUUUUUUACACACCCUAAUUUAUUGCUCAAGUGGUCUCCAUUCCAUUAGAGAACAGAAGAUCCCCAGAUGAAAAACAAUUGAAAAAAUGAAUCGCAUUUAUUGCACUUUUAUUGGAUACUCGCUCCUAACGCACAUCUAAUAGACUAGAUGAGAUAUCUUUAAAUAUAAUUUUUAUAUUAUUUA